AUGAACAUACAUCAACAAGCUUCUUUACUAAAAGAUAAAAUUCAACGUCAAGAAAUGGUCUCUAGGUCUAAACAAGAGGAAGACAAGAGAGCGACAAAGAUAGCAAAAGAAAAGGAACAAGCUGAAGAGCGUCAAAGAAGAGCAGAGUCCAGAGCCCCAAGAUCAAAAGGACAAGAAGAAAAUCAGCAAUCUCUAGUCGAAGCAGCCAAGACUUUCAGAAGUUCCUCUGGCAAGGAGCCCAACGAGCCCACCAGUGGGAGUCGGGCAAUCUUGGAAGCAUUGACGAGAGCCUUGGACAAUAAGAACGGCCCGGCUGCUAGACGCCUGAUCGGAGAGUUUAACAAUCAAUACGGCUCGAUGGUAGCGAUGGAAUAUGACGAGCCCGUUAAAACGCCAAGCUCCGUACCAAGAAACACAUCUGCGCCAAACGCCCAGCAAGGCCAGAAUCAGCAGAGGGUGGAUGACUCAAGCCAACUACUGGCAGCCAUAUCAGGAGAGGGAGUCUCGACCACCCAUGAUACUUGA